AUGGGAGGAUCAGCCCGGUGUGCGACACCCCAUACGCCUGAGCCGACGGAUCAAGGGACCGAUGAUGACGCGAGAACUCCAUCUGCCCCGAGGCCGCGUCUUAGGCUCAAGAGGAGGAUGGUCCCGCAGACAUUCAGCGCCCCGACCCAGGACUUCCUCGCCUCUGUCAAUGCCGCCGAUACCCCGAUACCUAGCAUAGAGGAGCCCGAUAUCGUUCCGAACGAUGUGGAAAUAUCCGACGGUAUUGAUCUGAUGGCCGGCCUGAAUCAUGCAUACGCACAGGAUCGCAAUUUGCUGAGCAUCUCGUGCUACGACGAUUUUUCACAACCCAAGACCCCUGCGCCCGCAGACAUUCCAUCUCUUUCGCCACGGAGAUAUCCGGAUUGGUCAGCCGGGUCAUCUUUUGGCAGCUCGACGGAAGACGACGAUGACGACAAUUCAAGCACCGAACCGGAUUACGAAUCCAGCAGGCCAUCGACAUCCCGUUCCACCUAUACCAACGCGUCUAUAUUCAGUCGCAUGUCUCAUUUUUCUGAUGACCAAUGCAUGAGCCCAGAAGGGGAUUUUCCAAAAGUUGCCCGUCAUGACUAUGAUGUUUUGCCGCUUGCUCAGAACGCAGUUGGCAACGGGCAGACAGUACGCUCAAAACGUCACAGAGCUCCUUGGACCAAGGAGAUGGAUGCCCAUUUGUGGACUACGUUUAUGACUUAUCUACAGGAUCCGAGGGUCACUCCGUUCAGGACCGGAAGAAGUUGCGUGCCACCUCAUGGUGUGUGCAUGCGCGUUGCUCGUGAGGCAAAACGGAGCUGGAGGGGCUCCAAGGCCACCAAGAAGGUUGAUGAUUAUACUGCUGCUUCUUCCAGGCUUCAGAGUGGGAGUAUUACCCCGACAGCAGAUCAGACAGCAGCUUAUAUCGAAUGGCCACAUACUUGCGCUGCUACAAGGACUCACCUGAGAGACCUCUGCAAGCUCCAGCUAGCUGCUCCAGCCCACCCCAACUUAAGGUAUCUGUCAAGAAGCCCGACACCACUCACACACACGGCUGCUCGACAUUGGAACAGACGUUCUACGCCAGCCCGUUCAUCAUUCGCAACAAAGGAUAUGGGCUUGUCAUUAGCCGUCAGCACAUCUGAGAUAAUGCAGCCGUACGGGCCCCUCGCACAGCUCACAAGUUCUGUGGAGGCUCCAGAACCGACACCAACAGAGCCGGAUGGUCCAGAUUCACAAUCGCUUCGGUCAUUGUAUCCCGGUGUCUCGGAACCGUCCCGGGGCAGAUUAGGGUCUCCAUUUACCCCCCAAAGCUAUGGUCCAAGCUCUUCCUUCGUGUUAUUGUCGGAGGCCAUGGGUGCAGAGAGCUCUAAUCAACCACACACAGUGGGACCACGACGGACUCUACAAUCGCCGCCGCGUAUGAGCCGCACCAGCGUGGCGCGAAGGCGAACCAUAAUUGGCAAUAAGCCACCACGUGAUCUUCGUCACUCCCGGAAACGCGGCAGUUUGGGUAACGAUUUUUGGACCGAGCCAAGUCGUUCCAACGGUGCUAGCGCCGCGCAGGAUAAUGCUUUACCAUUGGGUCGUGUCCGUGGGAAGAGUUUCCUGGAGGCGGCUUUGGCCCAGUUUCGGCCUACUGGGACAGCCGUUGCAGAGUAUAGCUCCACGAGAUCGAACAAUAGGGAUGAGCUAUUCAUACCACGCUACACAGGAUCACUAGGCUCUUCGCUACGCACAAAGAGCGAACAACAAGCAGUGCGACUCGCUGCAUCGGCAACAGCACCGGAACUUUCUCGCAUAGCGACGACUGAAGCUCCUCCGCGAUUGGGUUCGCCGUUUCCCCUAACAUCAAACGCGACGUCGCUAAGUUUUCCAAAUCGGCUCUUCGCUGCCAGCGGCGGCGCAAACGAUACCGCCCACAGAGUUCGUGAUCGGCUGUUCAAAACUGUCCAACAACCAUCAUCCCAGGCCGUGCAGGCUUUAAGGGAACCGCCAACUGAAUCGUACGGCAGGUUGACAGGCGCUGCAGGGGCUACCCCCGGGCGCAGCGGGGCAGACAGGCUCUCUCAGAGACUGACUUAUGUCGAUGACCGCCCUAAGGUACUCCGCAGCCGUAAUAAUCACGAGGGGCACGAAGACACGAUGCCUUCUCAGUGA